CCAAAGCAUUAUGGUUCUUAGCAGCGUUAAAUCUAGGGUUUCCUCCGCCGCUCGUCAGCCUUUCAGCCGCCGCGCCUGCACUCCUUCAAAUGGCUAAGAGAACCAAGAAGGUCGGUAUCGUGGGGAAAUAUGGCACCCGGUACGGUGCUAGUUUGAGGAAGCAGAUCAAGAAGAUGGAAGUCAGCCAGCACUCAAAGUUUUUCUGCGAGUUCUGCGGGAAGUAUGCCGUAAAGAGGAAGGCCGUUGGCAUUUGGGGCUGCAAGGACUGCGGCAAAGUGAAAGCUGGUGGUGCCUACACAUUGAACACUGCUAGUGCCGUGACGGUUAGGAGCACCAUCAGAAGGCUCAGGGAGCAGACUGAGAGUUAGAUUUGGCGAAAUUUGUCAUUUUGUUCGAUUUAAAUCGGUACCUGUUUUUACUUCUAUAAUGCUCUAUCUUUACUUAACAGCAAGUAUUUAUUACAUUAUGCAUGUUUUUGAUCAAUGAAUGAAUGAAUCUCCCAACUUAUUUGAGUUUA